AUGCCGUCUGCUCCGCGAAUCCUUAGUCUCCUUUUAUGGGCGGCGGGAUGCGCCUCUCAGGUCUCCUCGCAAAAGUUCUCAACUGGGUGUUCACUCGAAAGUAUCAGCGCCCUCCUCACAAUCGAAAACCAAGCCGAGGUCUUGACAGCUUCACAACUGGGCGACAAUGGCACAUUUGGAGAGGCGGGCAACAUCGCCUACCCCCAAAACGCAACGCACCUCCCGCCCCUCUGCGUCGUCUCCAUCAAUGUCACGUCCUCACCGACAUCGUCCUACACAUUUGGCAUCUUCCUGCCAGACGAGUGGAAUAAUCGCUUCCUCGCCGUCGGUAACGGGGGGUUCUCAGGGGGUAUCAACUGGUACGCCAUGGGCACGGGCGUCAAAUACGGCUUCGCGACAAUGUCGACUUCCACAGGUCACAACUCGUCCAACCAGGACAUGGGCUGGGCGCUCAACAACCCCGAGGCCAAGGCUGAUUGGGCUGGGCGCAGUCUCCACGGCUCAACUGUCAUCGCGAAGCAGAUUGUAGAGGGAUACUACGGCGCCGCGGCCAACAGGUCGUAUUACUCUGGUUGCUCGACGGGUGGCCGGCAGGGCGUGAAGUCGGCGCAGGAUCACCCGGAGGACUUUGACGGGAUCCUGGCCGGUGCGCCGGCAUGGAUGUCGACGAGCCAGCAGCUGUGGCAGCUCAAGGUCAGGGCUGUGAAUUUGCCCGAGGACGAGCCUGGGUAUCUCCCGCCUGCCGUGUUUGAGGCCAUCAGCGACGAGGUUCUGAGGCAGUGCGACGGGUCUGAUGGUAUUGUUGACGGUGUGGUGAUGAACCCUGCGCACUGCGACUUCCGGCCGGAGAAGAUGCUCUGCGGCGACGCAAGGUCAAACCGCUCCGCGUGUCUGACGGCGCCGCAGAUCGCGACACUGAAGCAGCUGUACCGCCCUCUCAUUCAGCUCGACGCCGGGGUUCACAAUGUGACGUACGUGUACCCUAACUUUGGCCUGGGCUCCGAGAAGCAGAUGCCGUCGUCGUUUGGAUCGAAUAACGAGCCUAGUCUCUACGGGACGGAAUACGCCAAGAACUACCUCUUUGACGACCCGUCGUGGGACUGGACGACGCAGUUUGACUACUCUACUUUCGUCGAGGCUGCACGGCUGAACCCGGGCAACGUGAACGCGGAUAACUUUGAUCUCUCUGCGUUCUACGGACGCGGCGGGAAACUGGUGCAGUAUCACGGCUACGCGGACGGGCUAAUUCCGACGGAUGUGAGCCGCGUAUUGUACGACGAGACGUGGGCGGCCAUGGCGGCGCGUGGCGUCGAUUUGGACGAGUUUUGGAGGUUGUUUUUUGUUCCUGGGAUGCAGCAUUGUUCGGGCGGGGUGUAUGAUGCGCCGUGGUACUUUGGCGGGAGCGGGCAUGCAGCGGCGUUGGAGGGGAAUGGGCAGCAUGUCUUCCCUGUGCCUGGGAUGAACGAUGCGAGGCAUGAUGUGUUGCUUGCACUUGUUGAGUGGGUUGAGAGUGGGAAAGGCGUGAGGGAGAUUGUGGCGACCAAGUUUGGUAACGACACUCGGCCGUCGCAAAUCCGGCGGAUGCUGGAAGACGAUGACAUGUCAGUGGAUGACGCGCCAGAAGACGAGGGCCAGGGAUCCCCUCGCCAGACAUACAACUUCGCACCGGGCUACCACGGCGUCGUCUACCGCGCCGAUGUCCCAGACCGUGGUGCGGGGCACCGCCGUGAUCAAGGGACCAGCCAACAGGAUAAUGCCACCUCCGAAGCGAUAUCAAGCCAACCCAAAAGCAAUGAGAGCGGUGAUGUCUCGGUCAAGUAUAAGAUGCAGUCGAUGCAGUGGGGUUUGAUUCCCUUCUGGACCAAGCGCGAUCCCGGUUACAGCACGCUCUCCAAGACGAUCAAUUGCCGCGACGACUCGCUGAGCACACCUGGUGGGAUGUGGUCGACCAUGAAGGCGGGGAAGCGGUGUAUCGUCGUGGCUCAGGGGUUUUAUGAGUGGUUGAAGAAUGGAAAGGAGAAGACGCCGCAUUUUGUGAAGAGGAAGGAUGGGCAGCUCAUGUGUUUUGCUGGGUUGUGGGAUUGUGCGCAGUAUGAAGAUGCCCAAGACAAGCGGUAUACCUACACCAUCAUCACGACAGACUCCAACAAGCAGCUCAAGUUCCUCCACGACAGGAUGCCAGUCAUCCUCAACCCGGGCUCUAAAGAGCUCAAGACCUGGCUGGAUCCAAAACGGUACGAAUGGUCCAAGGAGCUGCAGGACCUCUUGAAGCCAUUUGACGGCGAGCUCGAAUGCUACGCGGUCAGCAAGGAGGUCGGCAAGGUCGGCAACAACUCGCCUUCCUUCAUCAUUCCCGUCGCGAGUAAAGAGAACAAGGCCAACAUUGCAAACUUCUUUGCCAAUGCGUCUGCCAAGAAAAAGUCCAAGGAGGCCACGGAGCUGGAGCCUACUAUCGAGACAAAGGAGGAGCCCAAGGAGUCGCAAGUCGGCCAGGACCAGCCGGUGCCGGAAGUCAUCGCCAAAGCGGCUGAAGAGGAGGGCAGCCAGGAGGGAGCGGGGCUCAAGAGGGAGGCACCUGACGCUGAUGGCGAUGCAGACAAAGAGCCGCCCAGGAAGACGUCGAGGGUUUCGCCUGUGAAGGGGAGGCAGAGCAGGAUCAAUCCUACGAGCAACGGGAAUAAAAGCCCGGUCAAAGCGAAGCAGGGCGGUACGCAAAAAAUUACCAAGUUCUUUGCCAACAGUUCCUGA